UCGACCUCGGCGGUGCACGUGUGGGGCGCGCGGCCGUUGUCAGUGCGGGAAGCGGGCCAGCGUCGGCGGGUGACGACCGCCGACAGUCGACAGUCGCAAGUGACGCGCGAGGGAGCUCCGGCGGAGCGGCAGCCAGCGGAGAGAGAGAGAGACGGCACAGCAGACGUCGAGCAGUUAGCGCCACCGUCGCACCAUGGGCCUCAAACGGGCACGAGCAGGCGUACGCGGCCAGUCCGCAGCGCGACCAGCCCGAGGAGGAGGAGAUGUUGGCCGAGGAGCGUGACCUCGCCGAGGACGCCCAGUGGAAGCGCAUCCAGCAGAACACGUUCACGCGCUGGGCCAACGAGCACCUGAAGAACGCCAGCAAGCACAUCUACUCGCUGGAGACGGACCUCGAGGAUGGCCUCGUGCUCAUCUCCCUCAUCGAGGUGCUCAGCGGGAAGCGGAUGCCCAAGCACAGCAAGCGGCCCACCUUCCGCUCCCAGAAGCUGGAGAACGUGUCCGUGGCGCUCAAGUUCCUCGAGCGCGACGAGAACAUAAAGAUCGUCAACAUCGACAAGAAACCCUGA